CCCCAGCUUUGGUUGGUAAGGAGGCCUGGGGAUGCAAUGAAAGACUGUUGCCCUUGGAUAUGAUGGUCCAAAAUGGUAAAGUCCUCUGUCGUUGUUCUUUUCCUUAGCAUCUAGUAGUACUUGUGAGAUGGCAGACAAACACUAUCCCACCAAGAAUGCUGGAUGCUAAAGUAAAGAUCAAGACCAAGACCAAGAACAAAAUAGAAAAGAUUUUUUGUUUCUUCUAUUGCUGGCUGGUUGGUCAUCCUUUCAAGAAACACCAUGUGACUACUACUAGCAGUAAGUAGGUGUUUAAGGGUCCUAGACUGAUUUGAAAUGCUUAUUGCUAAGUGUUUUUCUGACAGAGGUACCAGUACAAUUUUCAAUUUUGACUGUGUUGCUUACUCAAGUGUUAAUUAUGUUUUGAUGCUCAUAAUGCAAAGGGAAUGGAACAGAAACCAUGUUGAUUUAUUUUUAGUAACAAUAAAAUGAAUUCCCAAAUCCCUUGUGAUAAGAGGAACCAAUCACAAAUAAUUGUGAUAAAAAUGAUCAUAGAAGGUCAGAAUUUCUUGAUAAAAAAAAUUGUGAUCUCAUUUUUUCAACAGAAAAUAAUAUAUUUGAGACAGUCUCACGAGAAUUAUACUUGAGAGGCUUCCCAUUAGUACAGAUGACUGGGAUCUCAUUGUGGAAGAGUAUGCAAAAAGUUGACCCUUCUUUACAAGUCAGAAAUCCAUCAAGACAAAGUAUGCAGCUUAUUAAGAGGAUCAAUAGCUCAACAGGAAAUCAAGACAUGCCAGUGUCCGUGAAGAUGGCUUGCAGGGCCCAUAUCCUGAUUGGUCAGAAGGUAAAUUUUGGUACCAGAGAGGAGGACUUUGAUCUGAAGAAAGGCAUCAUUAAGAGUGAGACUGUGAAGGUUUCAGUGCCUUAAAAUACAAUAAUAGAAAUCACAGUCUUAUAUAUCAGCAACUUGUAUGAUCAUAUCAGCAAAUUACAUUGUAUCAAUGGCUCCUCCCUAUCUUAUCAGCCAUUUGUAUCAGCAACUCCUCAGUAUUGUAUAAAGCACAAGAGCUUUAGCUCAAGAGCUUGUUGGUAUUGAAGACUGGUGUACUUGUAGCUCAAGACCAAUGUGAUGCCACAUUUAUUUACAUAAUCAACUGAGUAGUAGCAUCAAAAUUACAUGUAUCCAUGCAGUGCAAGGUUACAGUACACCAGCACAAUCGAUGAGCUGAUGCGAGUCACUCCUGAUAUGGAGGACACUGAUACAGCAGAGGACACUGAUACGGAGGACACUGAUACGGAGGACACUGAUACGGAGGACAUUGAUAUGGAGGAAACUGAUAUGGAGUACACUGAUACAGAGGACACUGAUAUGGAGAAUGCUGAUAUAAAUCACUGAUACAAUACAUAGGACGCUGACACAAAGGAAGCUGAUACAAGUUGCUCAUACCAUACUUUGGAGCCGCUGAUACAGAGGAGCUGAUAUGAUACAGAGGUAGUGUGAUAAGAUACGAGUUGCCGAUACUGAUACAUUGGUUUCUAUGAUUUCUAUUGUAUUUUCUACAUGAGUUUGUACUAAGUUCCCAUUAACUUUUCUUUUUUGUACUUAACAGCAGCUUACUUGUUGAGGUGUGUUAGCCCUGGUUAGUACAAGUGCACUGCGCUUUUUUUCUAACCAGACCCUCUUUUUUUGUAACUAGACUAUGAGUAGUAUUGUGGAGAAAAAAAGGGCCUCUCUAUAUCGGUAGGGAAGGGUUUGGUUUCAAGUCCUACUAGUUACAAAAACUCAAAUGGCAAUUGUAACCAGCUUGAGGUGCGUGUACUAAAGCAAAAAAUAACUUGUGUUUGUUAGAAUAAGUUUUUUUACUCAACGGUUACCAUGUGACGCGGUCCUUAAAACGAGAACUGGAACUUUCAGCAUGAAAAUAAUUUAAACUGUAACUUUUUUCGAAGGCUGUUGUAAAAUUAAAUAUAAACUUACUUAACCGUAAUAUAAACUUACUUAGAGGCCCUGAGCGAAUGAAAAUACUGUUUAAAAACAACUUUUCCUCAAAUUCACCAAAAUAAGCAGUAAUUUCAUUCCUUCAGCACGCGCUGGCAAAAUAACUGGACCAUUAAGUAAUUUCAGCACAGGCUCCUAUUACGGCAGCUCAAAUUCCAAAAUAAACAGUAUUUUCAUUCGCUCCAGUCUUACGGCAGCUUCACUUGACCAAAAUAAACAGUAAUUUCAGCACAGGCUCCUAUUACGGCAGCUCAAAUUCACCAAAAUAAACAGUAUUUUCAUUCGCUCCAGUCUUACGGCAGCUUCACUUGACCAAAAUAAACAGUAAUUUCAGCACAGGCUCCUACUGCUGAAACGGGAUCGCAUGGUACUCAGCUCAAAUUCACCAAAAUAAACAGUAUUUUCAUUCGCUCCAGUCUUACGGUGAAAAUACUGUUUAUUUUGGUGAAUUUGAGCUGCCGUAAUUUGGCCAUACGGGUCCACUUAUUUGCCAGCGCCGGUGAUGAAGGAAUGAAAUUACUGUUUAUUUUGGUGAAUUUGAGCUGAAGGAAUGAAAUUACUGUUUAUUUUGGUGAAUUUGAGCUGCCGAAGCUGCCGUAAGAAAACAAGAAAUUAGGAAAAGUUGUUCUAAGUAAGUUUAAAUUACGGUUAAGUAAGUUUAUAUUUAAUUUUACAACAGCCUUCGAAAAAAGUUACAGUUUAAAUUAUUUUCAUGCUGAAAGUUCCAGUUCUCGUUUUAAGGACCMCAUGUGACGCAGAUAAAACCUAGAUUCAAAAAAAUAAAAAAAAUGUGAGGUUCGGUACCAGAUGUCACAGUACCGGUACAAGUACUCGUCCAGUACUACGAGUACUUGUACUUUCAGAUCAGAAUAUUUUGAUACCUCAAGAUGAUGAUCCGAGUUUUGCCCCAUUCCUGAUCUCAUCACUACGGUUGAUUUUUCCAAAUCAUAAUAGAAGAAAUAUGUCGUUUAGAAUUAUUUCAAAGUUUGUUCUCAACCAAGGAAAUGGAAGGUGUAUCACCGCCUGCCAUCGGAAUCCUUUUGGGACCUUUCUUUCGUCACCGUCGGCGACGCCGUCCAAUGCAACAGCGCGUGCAAGAGGACGUCAGAAAAGUUACUUCCAAUUAAGAUUUUUCGGAGGUUUGUCUGACGACAUCGAAAACCUUGUUUGCAAGCCACUACAAAGUCCCGCGGGAGUACUCGAUGAAUCUGAAUCCAAUUUUAUCCCCCAAAAUGCUUUGUAUGAAGGUCAGGGUUGUGCAAAAAAACGCGUUCUUGUUUUGUGUACAGGCGGAACACUGACCAUGGCACCGGAUUUAAAACAGAAAGGAGCCCUAGCUCCUGUUGAAGGUGCUAUAUCUAAGUACAUGAGUCAAAUGGUUGAACUGAAGGAGGAUAAUCCAGAAAUGCCGGAUUAUGUUCUCCAUGAAUAUUCUCCCUUCCUAGACUCAGCCGACUUGGGACCCGCAGAUUGGGUAACAAUAGCGAAAGAUAUCGAGUCCAAUUAUUUUAAGUUCGAUGGUUUUGUAGUUUUAACUGGGACUGAUACGAUGGCAUACAUAGCAACGGCUCUUAGUUUCAUGUUGGAAAAUUUGAACAAACCUGUGAUUUUUACGGGAUCACAAAUUCCACUUUGCAUGCCACAAAAUGAUGCGAGACGAAAUUUAAUCAUGGCCAUGAUUUUUGCCUCUAGAGAUAGUAUCAACGAAGUGUGUAUUUUCUUUCACGACAGGCUGUUGAGAGCCAAUCGCACCACCAAAGUCAAUACUCAUAAGUUGCUGGCUUUUGAUUCGCCGAAUAUGGAUCCUUUAGCUACCAUCGGAAUUUCUAUCGACGAAAACGAGCACGUCUUGUUACCGCCUGCAAAAGGCCCAUUACGUGUUCAUCUGCGUAUGGAUACACGUCUACUUACAAUUCGACUCGUACCUGGAUUUGACGAUUCAAUGAUUCGGCGAUUAAUCGAGAGCAACAUGGAAGAGCAACAAUUACGGGCGUUGGUAUUGCAACUCUAUGGAACAGGAAAUCUUCCAAGCGUUAAAGAAUCCUUUAUCAAAUUGCUGGCGGAUGCAACUGAACAAGGUAUUAUGGUUAUAGCAUCAACUCAAUGCUUUACCGGGUCUGUACUACUAGGGCACUAUGCCACAGGUCGAGCCCUGCUAGAAGCUGGAGCAGUAUCAGCAGGUGAUAUGACGCUAGAAGCUAUUGCUUGUAAAUGUGCAUAUCUUUUUGGACGCCGUGGCUUCACCAACCAGCAGAAUGAGGAAUUGAUGGGGAUAAGUUUAAGAGGAGAACUGACCCCCCCUGAACUUUUGGUACCUCCAACUGGUGCUUCUGGCUCGUUUGAGCAAUGCAUCGCGAAGGCUAGGAAGAGGUCUUGAUAGGAGGUUCUGAUCUUAUGUUCAAACGCAGUCAUGAUUGUCCACUUUGCAACAUUAUGUUCAUUGAAAGACCAACAUAUACUAUAUACUUCUUUUCAAUACCUGUCUAAUUUAUCUAUCGUUGUGCCAUUUUCAUUUCGAUGUAAGUUCAUACAUAGACUACAAUUUAGGAGUUCAAAAAUGAUGUUGUACCUGGGGAGUUCCCUGCCAUAUCAUGCCCUUCUAGCAUGGAAACAUUACAUCGUUGACAAGUAUGAUGCAUACCCGUGAUGCAGUACGAAAGCUCGUAGUACGAUCAUGAUAUAUAUUCUUAGGGUCCCAACACCUUGAAGCUGCAGAUUGUUGAUUUUUCCAAAACGAAAUCAUUCGAUUCUUGUCAUCUUCCGGGUAAAUUAACAAUUGUAAUAUCUGACGGAUCACCUCCGACAAAGUCGAUCAAAAGCUCAGGUGGAGUGUUAGAUUCCCUUGAGUAAAAUACAUCACCACCUUGCAAUUGUUCGGGGCCCCGAUUCUGUAUCAUGAGCAUCAUCUGGUUGGGUUCUUCUUCGGGUUCGAACUCGUACUCAAAUAAGACCUCUGUAACAUCAAUGUCGACGACUUCGUCAUCAGGUUUCACCGUGAAAGAAGGUCCAACCAGAACACCAUCGGCAUCGUCCUCAGGUGGACGGAAAGAGAAUCCGUGAAAAUAUUCAAUCGCCAUUCUUGUUUCUGGUAUGCGAACAAUGGUAUACGUGGCCGUACCUCGGCUUUCUUCAGGCACUACAUGAUAAAGUCGUAGUGCGGCGCUUACCGGUAAGUUAGUAAGUCUACUAAACGCAGGGACAGCGUCAAAAGGGAAAGUAAUCAAUGCAACGGUAUCCGGUACAGUUUCGUCUUUCACGGGGCCAUUUUGAACCACGAAAGUGUCCAUUUUUCCAUGCUCCUCCCCCAUUAUGUCAUGGUGCCCAUUCAAAAUCACAAACGUGUCCUGAUUCGCAAUGACACCCAAGGUUUCUGGAAUUGAUAUAGUAGGAGCUGGGGAAACUGUCGGUGAAAUUGUCGGAAACAAUGUUGGUUCAAACGUUGGGGAAUCUGUCAGUGUUAAUUGGGUUACUCUUUCAGUUGGUUUAAUCGAUAUUAGAGAGGGAGGGAGAGGUUGCGGAGCAAGAGUCGGAUGAAGAGUAGGUCUAGGGGUCGCACCGGGACCUCUCGUUUUGUUCUUUCCUCCUACGAGGAUACCCACAACGACCCCGAUAAUGAUGAAACACAGACAGCACCAACAAACUGCAACGAUUGCUAUUAGUUUUUCUCUGCCUUCCCACCAUUCGUCACUGAUCUCCAUUCUAGUGCCCCCAUCCUCCUUGAAUUUUUGAGAAUCGUCGUAUGCCCCUAAGUCUCUAUUCGAAGAAUUUUGCUCGUCGUUAAAGUAAUCAGGAUUGUC